AUGCCUCUUAAAGUGCGCACGAGUGAUAACAAAUUGAUGUCUAUUGAAGACGACAUUGUCAAACAAGUAAACCUGUUUAAAUGUAUAAUUAGUAACGCUUCAAAUGCAAAACAAAUUGACUCGGAGGAAUCCGCGGUUUUCUUGGAACCAGUAUCAUUGAGGAUAUUGCGAUUGGUUAUCAAAUGGUGCAAAAGCCACAAAGAAGACGAAGGCGAAUUGUUCAAGGGACCACCACACAAUUGGAGAUUACGACAAGAUGAUAAGGAUUUUUUCUCACUCUAUAAAGACGAAGUUUUCAAAAUUCAAGACGCAGCAGAUUAUCUUCAGAUAAAACCCCUAUUUGAUGCAACUUGUGUAGCUAUAGCUGAUCGAUUGAGGAAUAAAGACUUCAAAGAAAUAAGUGAGGAAUUUGGGAUCAGCACCUGUGAACCUCUCGUGAGUGCCAUGAUUAAUAUGCAUAUUAAUGGAUCAAUUUUGUGGCUAUAA